GGCGAGCUAGCCAACCGCAGCCGGGAGGAGCUGGUGGACCUGGUGCAAUGGACCGACUUGAUCCUCUUUGACUACCUGACGGCCAACUUCGACCGGCUCGUCAGCAACCUCUUCAGCCUGCAGUGGGAUCCGCGCGUCAUGCAGCGCGCCACCAGCAACCUGCACCGCGGCCCCGGCGGGGCGCUGGUCUUUCUGGACAACGAGGCGGGUUUGGUGCACGGCUACCGGGUGGCGGGCAUGUGGGACAAAUACAAUGAGCCGCUGCUGCAGUCGGUGUGUGUGUUCCGAGAGCGGACAGCGAGGCGCGUCCUGGAGCUGGAAAUGCGCCUCUACCAGCACCACGAGCCUCGCUUCCCGGAGCUGGCUGAGCUCGCCCAUCCCCAUGCUCAGCUACUACAGCGCCGCCUCGACUUCCUUGCCAAGCACAUUUUGCACUGUAAGGCCAAGUACGGCCGCAGACCUGGGACUUAAUAUCACCGUGAGGAAGAGAGAGCGAGCGAGAGAAACCCCUGGCCGGGGAAAUGGAUGAUGGGGGAAGGGCUGUCGCCUCUGCCACCGCCUGGGACCAGCCAGCCAACGCCCUGCCAGUGGCUUGAGCAAGAAGGCUGCUGAAAACUUCAGUUUCACCUACCUGCCCCCUUUCUCUCUGUCUCAAAGCUGUUUCCUUUCAAAGUUCUGGGAGAACUCACCCAGGUGAGAAGUAUAACAUCCCCUCCACCCGGCUUAUAAAAGCGUUCUUCCCUGUGGCAGCAGGGAGUUUGAAUCGGGAGAAACUGGCUAGCCCUUCCCCCCCCCCCCCCCCCCCCGUGGCUGUCUCUGUGGGAGAUGCCUCCUUAUUCCUCGACCUCCUCCUCUUUCCCAAAAAGGGAAACUUCUAUUUGAGCCUUUGAGCUCAUUCUGCAGUUUUCUACCAAACGCAGCGCUGGCGGCCAGAGGCGGCUGUGACAUUGGCUGGUGGAGCCCCCUUCCUGUGUUCUCCCUUUGUUCCAGCUGGUGAUGGUGAGAUCACUGUUAAGAGCUGGGGAACGGAUCCGGAUAAGACAAAGAGAUCAGGACCUCCAGAACCUGGGGAGCCCUGCAGACUCUGUGUAUCUGACUUGUUCUUUACCGCUUGUCAUUUUGGCCUGAAGGCUGCAAGUGUGGGACUGGCUGGCUGUGUGCACUGAAUCACAUAAUGCAUUUCUAACCCCCUUUCCCCCAAUCGACCAAAAUUUUGACAAUGAUGAUGUUCACCAGAAGAAGAAAAAAAUCAGUUUCAUGCACUUUACUUUGUUUUUAUUUUAAUUUUGUAUUGAGAAAAAAAACUUUUUUAUUUGACAAAAUUUGCCUACUAUGUAUAUAUGUGAUAAAGUGUGGUGUAAAUAUACUAAACAAACUUAUAUUUCAAUAAAAGGGAGUUUAAAAUUUAGAA